GGAACUUGCCCAAGACAUGGGCCGUCUCAUUUACGAAGCUAUGGAUAGGUCACGUGGCAGUGAUUUAGGUGAUGGAAGCGAUGAUGAGGUCUUUGUCCGGGAUGUGUUGAGAAUCUCAGACUUAAAAGAGAUUGGAAAAGGACAGAGUGGGAGCACGGUUUAUUUGGGUAACCGUGAUGGUUCUUGCGUUUCUGUGAAAAGAUUUCUGAAAGAACACGUGAAGGUAGACAAUCAGAUUAUAGAUUUGUUAUUCAACAAGCCGCACCCAAAUGUGGUAUGUCCUCGCAGCGAUGGAAUACAAUACGACAGCCAAUUUGGCUACAUUGUGCAAGACUUAUGUCAUUUCAGUUUGGCGGAUCUGGUUGAUGCAUUAAGCCUUUCUUCUAAUUUCAAGAUCUCUGUUGGUGAUGCACAAUCGGUGAUUGAUUACCAAAUGAAGCAGAUCGCUCUUAGGGAUAGAAUGCAGCAGAGGGGCAUUGAGUUUUGGGCUCCUAAUACCGAUUGUUAUCCGUCAAACACGAUGCUGAAACUUAUGAGAGACAUCGCAAUAGGAUUGCAUUAUUUGCACACACAUGGUAUAGUGCAUGGAGAUUUGAGAGCUGAAACCGUAUUGAUUGUUGAUGAUGAUGAUGGAGUUCUAUCUGCCAAAAUAUCUGAUGUUGGGAUUACUACAGUACUUCAAGUUUCUAGUCGUGCAACAGCUCCGGAACUUUGUGAUGCUGGUCGGCCUCCAACUCUACAAUCUGACAUUUUCUGCUUAGGUUGUAUUUUGUACUUCUGUCUCAGUGGUGGACGUCAUCCAUAUGGCGACUUUAUUGUGCGUAAGUCCAGAAUCAAGAAGAACAAGCAGAAGAAAGACGACCCGACUUUGGCGUCUUUGAUGAAGAAGAACGUAGAAGCUUGCGAACUUUUCAAUAAUUUGCUAAGCUCGAGUCCACAUUCGAGGUGA